UUAGAAAAUUCUCUUUUUAUGCAAAAACAGUUUUAAAUCUAUAAACUUUUAAAAUGGUGAUUAAGCUGUCUGGAUAAAUAUUGUAUAAAAGUAACUGGAUAUAUAUGAUAUAGAGGUGUCUAGAUAAAUAUUAUAUAAAAGUGGCUGGUUAAAUUAUAUAAAGGUGACUUGAUAUAGAUAAAAUGAUUUGUAAAAGAAGAAUACGCAAGGUGUUUUUAAUUUUAUUCCCUGCACUUCUUGUGGUUUGUUUUAUGGUAUAUCUUCAAAAUGAAGGAAUUUUAUACAACAAUCUAGAGAAUUAUUCUGAUAAAAAAGAUGAUAGUUCAAUGAAAUUAGAUGUUUUAAAAUCAUUAAUUGAUAUUCAGAAAGAUAGUGGAGAAGUAAAGAAAAUAAAUAUACCCUUUGAAGAUGAUGCUUUAUUAAAAAAAUUUCUAGAUGAAGCAAAAAAGACUAAUGAUCCUUUUGCUCAAAGUGAAAACUCAAAUUAUUUUGAUUUUUUAGACUUUAAAACAGAUUUUUCAGACACAAAAUAUACUGCUAGUCAAUUGCGCUCUGUUAUUAUUGAACUGAAUGAAAGACAACUUGUAUAUAACAAUGAUAAAUUCUCAAAAAGAGAAAAAGAGUUCGUUGUUAUUGUUGUUCAAGUUCAUAAAAGAAUAGAAUAUUUUAAAGAACUUUUAGAUUCAUUGCAGCGUUCAAAAGGUAUAGAAAAUGCGAUAUUAGUCAUUAGCCAUGAUGUUUAUGCUGACAGUGUAAAUGAACUCAUUCGAAAAAUAACUUUUUGCCAGGUGAUUCAAAUCUUUUUUCCAUAUUCAAUGCAGAUGUACCCAAAUGAGUAUCCUGGCCCCAGUGAAAAUGAUUGUCCAAGAGAUAUUUCAUUAUCAGAAGCUCGUCGAAUUGGUUGUAAUAAUGCUGAAACUCCAGAUAGUUUUGGACAUUAUCGUGAAGCACAUAUUACAAUGACUAAACACCAUUGGUGGUGGAAAAUCAAUAUGGUCAUGGAUGUAUUAGAUGCUACCAAAAAUCAUGAUGGACCAUUUAUGUUUAUAGAGGAGGAUCACUAUAUGGCUCCAAGUUUUUAUGAAUCACUUAUGAAUCUUCAUAAGACUAAAAAAAGCCAUCCUCUAUGUAAGACUUCAUGUGAUAUUUUGACUAUUGGUUCAUAUGCUAUGAAUGAAGAAACUCUUAACAAUGUUGACGAGGCAUAUAUAGGUGACUGGAUAUCAACUCAGCACAAUAUGGGAAUGGCUUUGUAUCGAAGUACAUGGAAUGAAAUCAAAAUGUGCGCUGAGAAAUUUUGCAAAUAUGAUGAUUACAACUGGGAUUGGACCAUCAUGCAUCUUAGCUUAGAAUGCUUAAAGAGAAAACUUUCAGUUCUUGUUUAUAAAGUUCCAAGAAUGUACCAUAUUGGUGAUUGCGGUUUACACCACAAUAAAGAUUGUGAAAAUUCAAAAGCCACUUUGAUAAAGGUGAAGGGAAUAAUUAAUAAAAAUAAAGAACAAAUGGAAAAUAAUAAAGUCACGUUAAAAGAGUCAACCUUCAAAGCUCUUGUGCCAAGAUUGAAUGGAGGAUGGGGUGAUGCUAGAGAUCAUCAGUUAUGUUUGAGCUUUAUGAAAAACUCAAAUGUUUUAAUUUAGAUUUUUCUGCAACUUGAUAGCAUUUAUAUUCAAAUUUAAUGAAGAAUUCGUAAGAUUCCUAAUAGUAA